AUGUCUAGCUCCAGAAAGAAGCUUCUUCUGAACACCGUAUCUGUGAAACUAGGCUGCGGCACCUGCACAAGGCCAAAGCUGUGUCGCAUAUUCCACCCAAAGCCAAAACCCAAGAACCCCACUUACCAAAAACAAAAACUUUACAACCAUUCCUCUUCUUCAGCCCAAUGGGGUGAAGACAAAUAUGAAAGUACCACUAGCACCACCAACACCACCCCCACCAACACUGCCACCACAUUCUCUCCCUGCUACGUUGAUUCUUCACACUUUUCUGACUCUGAAACAAACAUGAAGACCCCAGCGAAAGUGAGUGGUUUGGGCAGAGCUGGCAGAGAAGGCGUGGCAGUGGAGAAAGAUUCUGAUGACCCUUAUCUUGAUUUCAGACAUUCCAUGCUGCAAAUGAUAUUGGAGAACGAGAUAUACUCCAAGGAGGAUCUCAGAGAGCUUCUAAAUUGCUUUCUUCAGUUGAAUUCACCGUAUCAUCACGGGGUUAUUGUUAGAGCCUUCACUGAGAUCUGGAACGGGGUCUUCUCUGUCAAGUCCCAAUCACCCAGGUUUCACAUCACCCGUAAGCCACGCGAGUUCUAA